AUGGCCUACAACAAAUCCUACAACCCGGACGCGCUGCCAGCGCACGCCGAGCCCGAGCAGGUCGCGCAGAUGAUGGGUAAACUGCAGGUGUCUGGCCCGGGGACUCCCAACCAGAAACCCCUUCCCACUCGUCCUCCGCCCCAGAAAUCCCCCGUUCCUCCUCGCGUCCCCGUCUCCAGUGCUCCGCCGCCGCAAGCGUACCAACAACAAGCUCCAGCACCAUCACCCCUCCAACCCACAUACAAUGCACGUCCUCCAGCCGUCAAUUACACGUCGCCCGGAGGAGCACAAUCACACCCACCACACCCCUUGUAUCCCUCCCCGCCACCGCAGAACUACGGGUUCGGCCCUCCGCCCCCUCACCCCUCGCGUGAACGCCCGCCGCCCGCAUCGCGCCCCCCAACCACAACCAACCCACCACCGCUCUCCGUGCCGACCGACGACCCGCAACAGCUCUUCCCACUCUUCCGCGCCGCCAAUUCCUCGCACUCGGGCGUCCUGACCGAAGCCGAGCUGGGCUCCGCCCUCGUGAAUGGCGACUACACGUCGUUCCACCCGCGGACGGUCAAGAUGAUGAUCCGCAUGUUCGACCGCGACAGCAUCGGGAAGAUCAACUUCGACGAGUUCGUCUCGCUGUGGCGGUACCUCGCUGCGUGGCGCGAGCUGUUUGAUCGCUUUGACGAUGACCGCAGCGGGCGCAUCAAUCUGCGCGAGUUUGAGAAUGCGCUGGUCGCGUUCGGGUACCGGCUCAGCCCGCAGUUUAUCUCCGUCCUCUUCAAGGCGUUUGAGAGCAAGACCCGUCAGAUUGGUCCGCCUAAGAGCCCUCAACUGGAUGGAAUGAGCUUCGAUCUCUUCGUGCAGGCGUGUAUUAGUCUCAAGCGCAUGACGGAUGUGUUCAAGCGCUACGAUGAUGAUCGCGAUGGGUACAUCACCGUCAGCUUCGAGGAGUUUUUGACCGAAAUUCUCCAACUUCAGGAUUAA